GCCAGGAUGAUUUAAAAGAACAACUUUUUAAGAAGCAUCAGUCUUCUUACAGUUGCUAUGGCUACAGGAAGAAGUUCAAUUAAAGUUCCAUGUGAAAAUGAAGACUUACCUGACAGAGAAAAUGCACCAGAUUUUGACGAGGACACUUUACGAGCCACAGCUGAUGUUUAUAGGAAUGAGGGUAAUGAGGCCUUCAAGAAAGGAGAUUUCAUCAAUGCUAUUCAUUUUUACACCAAAGGAAUUAAAAUGAACUGCAAUGACAAAGACCUGAAGGCCAAACUGCACAACAACAGGGCUAUUGCACAUUCUAAACUUGGAAAUCACCAGGAUUCAAUAAGGGAUGCAGAAGCAGCCAUUGAGUUAAAUUCAACUUUCCUUAAGGCAAUUGUGAGAGGAGCCACUGCUUGUGUUGAAUUGAAGAGAUUUGAAGAAGCAAUCACUUGGUGUGAUAAGGGACUAGCUAUUGACAAAAACAAUAGGAUCUUGUUGUCAUUAAGACUUCAGUCUGUCAGUGAAGUGGGAGAUAAGUCCAUGGAGGAAAAAGAUCCUAUUAGUCAUGACCAUGGUGGUGCAAGUUCAGGUGAUGUCAAGAAAGUCAUAGAUCUCUAUAAUCGGGGAGAAGAAGCCAUAGAGUACCUCAACCUAUAUCUUAAAAAAGCUAAAGAAGUAGGAGACAAGCAUGGGGAGGGUAACGCUUAUGGCAAUCUUGGCAAUGCUUAUCACCGUCUGGGUGAUUUCAAAAAAGCCAUAGAGUACCACAACCUACAUCUUAAAAUAGCUAAAGAAGUAGGAGACAAGCAUGGGGAGGGUGGUGCUUAUGGCAAUCUUGGCAAUGCUUAUCACCGUCUGGGUGAUUUCAAAAAAGCCAUAGAGUACCACAACCUACAUCUUAAAAUAGCUAAAGAAGUAGGAGACAAGCAUGGGGAGGGUGGUGCUUAUGGCAAUCUUGGCAAUGCUUAUCACCGUCUGGGUGAUUUCAAAAAAGCCAUAGAGUACCACAACCUACAUCUUAAAAUAGCUAAAGAAGUAGGAGACAAGCAUGGGGAGGGUGUUGCUUAUGGCAAUCUUGGCAAUGCUUAUAUUAGUCUGGGUGAUUUCAAAAAAGCCAUAGAGUACCACAACCUACAUCUUAAAAUAGCUAAAGAAGUAGGAGACAAGCAUGGGGAGGGUAACGCUUAUGGCAAUCUUGGCAAUGCUUAUCACCGUCUGGGUGAUUUCAAAAAAGCCAUAGAGUACCACAACCUACAUCUUAAAAUAGCUAAAGAAGUAGGAGACAAGCAUGGGGAGGGUAACGCUUAUGGCAAUCUUGGCAAUGCUUAUGACCGUCUGGGUGAUUUCAAAAAAGCCAUAGAGUACCACAACCUACAUCUUAAAAUAGCUAAAGAAGUAGGAGACAAGCAUGGGGAGGGUGGUGCUUAUGGCAAUCUUGGCAAUGCUUAUCACCGUCUGGGUGAUUUCAAAAAAGCCAUAGAGUACCACAACCUACAUCUUAAAAUAGCUAAAGAAGUAGGAGACAAGCAUGGGGAGGGUAACGCUUAUGGCAAUCUUGGCAAUGCUUAUCACCGUCUGGGUGAUUUCAAAAAAGCCAUAGAGUACCACAACCUACAUCUUAAAAUAGCUAAAGAAGUAGGAGACAAGCAUGGGGAGGGUGGUGCUUAUGGCAAUCUUGGCAAUGCUUAUCACCGUCUGGGUGAUUUCAAAAAAGCCAUAGAGUACCACAACCUACAUCUUAAAAUAGCUAAAGAAGUAGGAGACAAGCAUGGGGAGGGUAACGCUUAUGGCAAUCUUGGCAAUGCUUAUAUUAGUCUGGGUGAUUUCAAAAAAGCCAUAGAGUACCACAACCUACAUCUUAAAAUAGCUAAAGAAGUAGGAGACAAGCAUGGGGAGGGUAACGCUUAUGGCAAUCUUGGCAAUGCUUAUCACCGUCUGGGUGAUUUCAAAAAAGCCAUAGAGUACCACAACCUACAUCUUAAAAUAGCUAAAGAAGUAGGAGACAAGCAUGGGGAGGGUGGUGCUUAUGGCAAUCUUGGCAAUGCUUAUCACCGUCUGGGUGAUUUCAAAAAAGCCAUAGAGUACCACAACCUAGCUCUUAAAAUAGCUAAAGAAGUAGGAGACAAAUCCUUGGAGGCAAUGGCCUACUCUUCAUUAGGAUGCGUUUUUGAGUUGCAAGGUGGACUGCCAAAAGCCGUUGAACAUUAUCAAGCUAGCAUAAACUUAUUCAAUUCCUUGAGAGUACUUCUAAAAUCUAAAGAUGAGUGGAAAGUUAAUUUUCGAAAUCAGCAUCAAAUGGCGUAUACGGGUUUGUGGAGAGUUCUCGUAGAACAAGGUAAUGUAGAUGAAGCCUUAUUUGUUGCUGAGAAAGGACGAGCUCAAGCUCUGACCGACCUCAUGGAAUCCAGUUUUUGUGGUGGAACAAGUCACCACAAGGGAGAAGAUGAAGAUUUCACAGUUUUAAAAAACGUUCCAUCAAACACUGUCUUUCAGGCAGUGGACAAAGCUAACGUCAAUCUUUGGGUUGUGUCCGAAGGAAAACAAGUUCAGUUAAGACAAAGUAAACUCAAAGGUUUUGUUUCAGAGAAUAGUGGAUCUAGCCAGUCCUUUGAGUCGUUCAUGCUCGGUGUCUAUACACAACUUGGUGUUCGUUCUAAUGUGAGAUGCGAGAAUCGAUCUUUAGAUGCUUUGAGGGAGGGCCGUUCAAAAGUGGAUGAGAAAACCAAAGAAGCCAACCCUCAACCUCACAUCCAACAAGACGGAUGCUUGAGCACUUUGUAUGAUAUCGUUAUGAAGCCGGUGGCUGACUUGAUUGAAGGGGAUGAGCUACUCAUUAUUCCUGAUGGACCCCUGUGGAUCGCUCCUUACGCUGCAUUGAAGGAUGGUAAUUCUAAAUACCUGUGUGAAUCGUUCACAAUCCGAGUCGCUCCAUCGUUAGCAAGUCUUAGACUCAUUGCCGAUUGCCCAGAUGAUUAUCACAAAAGCAGUGGUGCGUUACUUGUAGGAGAUCCGUGGGUAUCCGAGGUUACUAACAGCGAGGGAGAGAAAGUCCUCGAGCAGCUUCCGUGUGCUAAAGAAGAAGUAGAAAUGAUCGGAAAAAUUCUGAAUAUCACGCCAAUCACUGGCAGACAGGCCACGAAACGUGAGGUGUUGAAAAGACUCAGUUCCGUUUCCUUAGUUCACUUUGCGGCACACGGAUGUCCGGAAACUGGCGAAAUUGCUCUUACACCUGACCUAGACCGAAUAUCUACUGUGCCUACGGAGAAGGAGGAUUACAUUUUAACGAUUCGAGAUGUGUUGAAUGUUCAACUUCGCGCCAAACUUGUUGUGCUCAGUUGCUGCCACAGUGGUCGGGGCGAGAUCAAGGCUGAAGGUGUGGUUGGCAUUGCGCGCGCUUUUAUGGGGGCUGGUGCUCGGUCUGUUGUGGUGUCCCUGUGGGCGAUUGAUGACGAGGCUACUCUCCAGUUCAUGAAAUGCUUUUAUCAACACCUUGCAGAAGGUAAACCUACAAGCAAGUCACUGAACCUGGCCAUGAAAAGCCUCAGAGAAUCAGAUGAGUUCCACGACAUCAAAUACUGGGCGCCCUUUUUGCUGAUUGGAGAUGACCUCACGUUUGACCUGAUGGCAAAGGAAAGAGAAAAUUUGAAUAGAAAAUCAAAUAAAUGAGAAAAUGUUUUUUUUCAUCUCAAAAGAAUGAAGUAGGAACUUGGAAGGUUUAAAUGUUUCUCUAUUUUAAACAAUUUUUGGCUAUUUUUCUUUACUUUUUAUUUUUUUGUUAAAUGGAACUUGAGAUGUGCAACUUUACUAUGGUGAAGAAAUAAACCAGUCUAUUUCAUUAUAUUUUGAUCAGUGGAAUUGUCAUUUUUUGUUACCUUAACAAAUUUAAAUGCUUGCGAAGAGAACGAAAUGCAACAAGGCCUCUGUUAUGAACGAGGUUUCCAUUUCCACCAACAUGUCACUCAGCUCUGUUCCUGUAUUACAAUCAGUUGUAUGGAAAAUAAUUUAAAGGUUAUUUCUUUUACCCAACCAGGGGCUUUUCCACCGGAUUUUAAUUACCUUUAUGCUCUAAGCUUUUGAUAAGCAAAGAAACAAUUCGUCAUUUGCAAAAGUUGGCGAAUUUUUAUUUCCAAAACUUUGAUUGAAUAUGUAUGUGAAUUGAAUAUGUGAAUUGAUCUUAGACCGUUUUCUACAUCAUAAAUUACUUUGUUACAAUUUACCUUCAUCUUUACAAAAAAAUUGAUUACCAUUUUCAACUCAAUCCAUUUUAAUGCAAUCUAGUUCUGUCAGUGCCAAGAUUGCCAUUCUAAGCUUAAUUUGAAGAAGUAAACAUCAGAGAUGAUGUUAUUAAAUUUACUAACCAUAUGUUAGAGACAUUACACCUACUUUUAGGGGUGUAGCCAGCCUCUAGUCCCGUAGGCCCGGCCUACAAUUGUUUUCUGCCCGCUUGACUUUUACUAAAAGAUAAUAUGACUCUUGCAAAUGUUGAAACAAAAAUUGAAAUUUGUGAGGGAAGAGGCUUACAUUUAGUCAAAAAGCUGGCUACAACCCUGUUUUCAAUCAAACGAGUCUGGCCAAUUUUUGUCCGUUUUACCAAACACUUCUCCGUUCGUUUUAAAGAACGACGACAGAGAGGCUAAAAAUUGUCCAUGUAAUCUAAACUAGGAAAGAGGGACGCAGAGUUCACUAUAAUUAAAGUUUCCAUAGGUGUGACUUUUAUUGUAUGUGACAUGGAAUUUGUUGUUUCUAGUAGGACAAUAUUUACGCUCAUAAAUGAGAGAAGCAGUUAACGUAAGCCAUGUAGUCCUCAAUGGGAAUUAUUUUGGUGAAAAGGCUCAUUAAUUAAUGUAAACCUAGUGCGUAGUUGAAAAGGUUCAGGGCUUCAGGAUAAAACUUCUAAUUGUUGAAAAUCACCUCUUCAAAAUUCAUCGCUUGAAAUUUACCUCAGCAUGAUUUGAAGAUGUCUGAUAAUAUCUUUGUUAGGUUUAGGAAUUUAUCGCUUUGUA